GCUGAGCGGCGGGCAAGAUGGACGCCGAGAGCCUCCUGCUGUCCCUGGAGCUGGCGUCGGGCAGUGGGCAGGGCCUCAGCCCGGACCGUCGGGCCUCGCUGCUCACUUCCCUCUUGCUGGUUAAGCGCGACUAUCGCUACAGUCGGGUGCUCUUCUGGGGCCGCAUCCUUGGCCUCGUCACCGAUUACUACAUCGCGCAGGGCCUGAUUGAGGACCAACUUGCACCGCGCAAGACACUGUACAGCCUGAACUGCAUGGAGUGGAGCCUCUUGCCCCCUGCCACAGAGGAGAUGGUGGAGCAGACGUCCGUGGUGAAGGGCCGCUUCAUGGGGGACCCCUCACAUGAGUAUGAACACGUCGACCUGCAGAAGGUGAACGAUGGUGAUAAAGUCUUUGAAGAAGAAAUAGUGGUGCGGAUCAAGGAAGAGACCCGCUUGGUGUCCAUCAUUGACCAGAUUGACAAGGCUGUGGCUGUUAUCCCUCGAGGCGCCCUCUUUAAGACCCCUUUUGGACCCGUCCAUGUCAAUCGGACCUUUGAAGGACUGUCCAUGUCUGAAGCCAAGAAGCUUAGUUCCUACUUCCACUUCAGGGAGCCUGUUGAGCUGAAGAAUAAGACCUUGCUUGAGAAGGCUGACCUAGACCCCUCCCUGGACUUCAUGGACUCUUUGGAGAAUGACAUCCCCAAAGGGUCCUGGAGCAUCCAGAUGGAGAGGGGCAAUGCCCUGGUGGUGCUGCGCAGUCUGCUCUGGCCAGGCCUCACCUUCUACCACACCCCUGGCACCAAGAACUGUGGCUAUAUCUACGUGGGCACUGGUGAGAAGAACAUAGACUUGCCCUUCAUGCUGUAGGUGGGGCCAGCCCCAGGAACUUUCUGUGUAGAGCAUAAACAUUAUUUUCACACA